AUGGUACAACGGUGGUACAACGGUGGUACAACGGUGCCCGCCAUGAGGAAGAAGGCGGCGGCGACGGCGGACGGCAGCGACGGGGACGUGGUGCGGGAGCACUGGCUGGUGCGCGACAUGUUCUCCUUCGAGAACGUGGGCUUCACCCGCGACGUGGGCAACGUCAAGUUCCUGGUGUGCGCCGACUGCGAGGCCGGGCCCAUCGGCUGGCACUGCGUGGACGACAAGGACAGCUUCUACGUGGCGCUGGAGCGCGUGGCCCACGAGUGACAGCAGCGUGGGGCUGGGACGGCUGGCAGCGCAGGGUGCGUCCCUGCUGGGCGGCACAAGGACCGCUGUGAUGCCCCGAGGUGGCACCGUGCCCCUCAGCCACCGCCGGACUGCAGGACACACAGCACAGCAGGACACACAGCACACAGGACACACAGCACAGGCAGCUCUCCAGCACGGCCCACGUGGGAGCGGCAGCGCUGGUGGCAGAGCUGCAGACCAGCACAGCAGGGUGGCUCUGCAGGGCAGCUCGGUGUCAUGCGUGCUGGGAGCCGUCCCGGGCCUUCACGGCUGCUCUGUCACUCCUCCUCGUGUCGUGGCCGUUCUAAACGUGCUGGGAUGUCUCUGGGGUGACUGGUUUGUGGCACAGCCCCGGCAGUGCUGGUGCAGAGCAGGAGGAGGAGAGGACUGCUGUGCUGAUCCAUGAAGUGUCUGACCUACAGCAGGGGCAGCUGCAGGUGUCAGGCUGUGUCCCAGACCUUAACGUUUAGGUUCUCUAAAAUCUCACCCUAUUUGACAACUGUAACCUGUAAGAAUAGAUGGUACCUAAAGUGUCUGUAAGGUAUUUUAACUGAUGUGGUUUUAUUAACGGAGUACUUGGAAAUAAAACGAGAUACAGAUGCCGGGCA